GGAAACGAUCGCGUCGCAAGACUUGGUGGUGCGCUUUUCCACAAUUUCAUUUGAAACUCUUGAACACGCUUUCCCAUUCCCUUGCAAACAAAUCAAGAUGAAUCCGCCGCCGCCAGCCGCUUCAAUGGACCAACAACUUCCUCUUUCGCCGCCUUCUGAAUUGGCACUCUCCUCCCCAACGGCCAAGUUGGUCCCGCUUGACGCGCCGGUUCGCACGACCCCUAUCCACGAACUUCUCUCGAGCAUCCGUGUUCCCGGUGGACCCUUACAACCAUAUCAGUACGAUCCAGUCACUUGUGCGCCGAUAGAAGCGGAUGAUGUGCGCGCGCAGCUCGAGCAACUACGCCAGGAGUACCCGUCGCCCGAAACCGCUCUGAAGGAGCAAGAACAAGUCGCCAAGGAAAUCAAGCAGAAGAUGGAAGAGGCUGAGAAAAAGCGCGAAGAAGUUCAGAAAGCGAUGGACAAGAAGAUCAAGGAGCGCAAUACGGAGAUGAAGGUCCUAUCGAAGUAUCAGAAAGUCAAGGCAUCCGACAACCCGGCAUGAAAAUAGACCCCCCGCAGGAACGGCAUGCACGGACUCAAAGCGAUUCCGUCACACAAAAUGCCUGUCCGGCCGCUACGAAUGGCUUGAAGGCAGAAGGGGAAUUCGCGCCCUGCAAGAGACAGCCCGGCUCAACUCAAAUGUCGG